GAUUUUUAAUAAAGAAACAUUAUCCAUUUCUGGUUCUGGUGGAGUGGAUAAUGGGAGCUUUGGGACUCUCAUGGCGACUCCCAAAUUCUCAGCUUUUUCAUAACCCUUUGAGAUUGAGACCACUGCCUUUCUGCACCAAAUCAUCAAAGUUACAAUCUUUACCAUUGAAGAGGAACAUAGAAUCAUUUUCCUUAAGGCCUUGUUUGGCCCUUUCUAACAGUACCCAAUUCCAAAAAGAAGAAGAAACAGAAGAAGAAGAAGAAGAAGAAGAAAGUGGUUCCAAUGACAGUGGUGGAAGUGGGAAUUCGAAUAUAAUAAUAUAUUCUUGCUUAGUGGGUCUUCUCACAGGGAUCGGCAUCGUUCUCUUCAAUAAAGGAGUUCAUGAAAUUCGAGACCUGUUCUGGGAUGGGCAACCGCACAGAGGAGCUUCUUGGGUGAGAGAGGAGCCAAUUCAAGAUAUAUGGAAGCGAGUGGUUCUUGUUCCAGCUUCUGGGGGUUUGAUUGUUGGAGUUCUUAACGAAAUUCGAAAUACUUUAGUUGAUGAUGGUGAUGGAUUGCCUAGUUCAGUUUGGAAUGGUGUCAAGGCUGUGUCUCGUCCAUUUCUCAAAGCAGUUGCUGCUUGUGUUACUCUUGGUACUGGCAACUCUUUGGGCCCUGAAGGUCCCAGUGUUGAGAUUGGAACCUCCAUAGCUAAGGGAGUUGGUAAUGUGUUUGAUAAAAGUUCUAACAAAAAGCUUUCACUUGUGGCUGCUGGAUCAGCUGCUGGCAUUGCCUCUGGGUUUAAUGCUGCUGUUGCUGGUUGUUUCUUUGCUGUGGAGUCAGUCUUGUGGCCAUCACCAACUAAUCCUUCUUCCUUAACACUUACCAAUACCACUUCUAUGGUUAUACUCAGUGCAGUAAUAGCUUCUGUAGUUUCAGAAGUUGGUCUGGGUUCUGAACCAGCCUUUACAGUCCCAGAGUUUGACUUUCGUUCACCUACUGAGCUUCCACUAUAUCUAUUGCUGGGAGUGUUGUGUGGAUUGGUGUCAUUGGCUCUAUCUAAGUGCACGUCGUACUUGAUGGCCAUUGCUGAUGACAUUCGCGGUGUACCGAAGAUUUUGUUUCCUCCAUUAGGUGGCUUAACUGUUGGCUUGAUAGCACUGGGAUAUCCAGAGAUUCUUUAUUGGGGUUUUGAGAAUGUUGACAUUUUGUUGGAAUCUAGACCCUUUGUGAAAGGCCUCUCAGCUGAUCUAUUGGUUCAGUUGGUAGCAGUUAAGAUCUUCACAACCUCCCUAUGUCGUGCCUCGGGAUUAGUGGGCGGAUACUAUGCUCCAUCUCUUUUUAUUGGUGCAGCAACAGGAAUGGCAUAUGGGAAAAUUGUAAGCUCUGUGGUUAAUCAGCCUAAUCCUGUUAUUGAUCUCUCCAUCUUGGAAGUUGCAUCACCACAAGCAUAUGGCCUGGUUGGGAUGGCUGCCACUCUUGCAGGUGUAUGUCAAGUGCCUCUUACGGCGGUUUUGCUGCUCUUUGAAUUGACACAGGAUUAUCGGAUUGUUCUGCCGCUACUUGGAACUGUGGGGUUGUCUUCAUGGGUUACAUCCAGACAGUCAAGAAGAAGAGAUGUUCAGGGUAAAAGGAAACCGAAACCGAAACAGGAACAAAGUCCUAAUAUGCUUCCCUUCAGUGCAAGUGGGCUACCUUCUAAUUAUGCUCUCAUGAGAAAGGAAGAUACAACAAGUGACCUUUGUGAAAUUGAAAGCUCACUUUGUAUAGAAGAUUCUGAUACUGAAACUGAAAAUUUAGAAACAAAAAUAUGUGUUUCAGAAGCCAUGAGGACAAGAUAUGUGACUGUGAUGAUGAACACAUUGCUUACAGAAGCAUUGACUCUCAUGCUUAUGGAAAAACAGCCUUGUGCUAUGAUUGUUGAUAAUGAUAAUAUAUUAAUUGGUUUGCUUACACUUAAAGACAUUCAAGAUUUCAGUAAAUAUGCAAAAACAAGAAGCAGAAUAUCCAAGGAGGUUUUGGUAUCUGAGAUGUGCUCAUUGGAUGGAGGAAAUUGUAGGGUACCGUGGGCUGCAACGCCGAGUAUGGAUCUACUCUAUGUACAGAUGAUUAUGAAUAAGCGCGGGAUAGAUGAGGUUCCAGUUGUUACCGAGCAAUUCGAAGAUCACCGAGGGCACCUAGUUGGCCUUUUGGACAGAGAAUGCAUCAGUCUAACUCAAAGAGCUUUAGCAACCAGAGAGUAUCUUUGCUAAGAUUCCCAAAAGUGAUUGAUGGCUCAUUUUGUUACUAAUCAUCACAAACACCUCAUAAUAGUGACACAAGUUAUGGUUUUGGUAAUAAGUAGUGUCAUGACUCAGCUUUCAGCAAAAGGGUUUUUACCUAUUCUUUUUGGCUUUGUAUAUAUAAUUGGAAGAUGAAAUGUUCCCAUCUGUUGUAUUGAGACAAUCAACUGUUGUACCACUCACACUGCUGUUGAUAGAUAGAUACAUCAUCAUUCAUACAAAAAUGGAUUAUGGAGAAGAUUCAUGGGAACUUUGGCCAUCGACCCUUUACGGCUGGUGUCAUUAUUGGAUCAGAGUAGUUGUUUCAUAUAUCAACUGUCAUAUAUACUUACAUGGGAUUCUCUCAGUUUUCAGUUUGUUGUUGUUGUUGUUAUUUCAUAUAUCAACUGUCAUAUGUUAAUGACAGUAAGAUUUUGUUUAACACAAUGUAUUGAUAUUACAGUUUUGUUUUUUGCACA